AGCCAUGAGACCUCUCGUCCUGGCCCUGCUCGCCAUCUGCUUUCUCACCGAAUUCAUGGCGGAAGGCGUGGGGAGUGAAGUUCUAGAAAGGAGCAUCUGCGUGAGCCUGACGACCAAGAAACUGCCAGUUAAAAACAUCAAGACCUACACCAUCAAGGAGGGCUCCAUGAAAGCAGUGAUAUUCAUUACCAGACGUGGCCUCAAGGUCUGCGCGGAUCCACAAGCCGAGUGGGUGAAAAAGGCAGUAGAAAACGUGGACAAGUCCACCAGAAGAAACGUGAAACAGACCAAGCCAACAGGAGCCCAACAUUUCACCAAUUCAGCUGUGACCCUGACCACAUAG